UUUCUAAACACGUAUUAACCCCCAUAAAAACUGGCCUCUCUCUAUCAUAAAAGACUAGAAAAGCUUCACUUCCCCUUUAGCCUCUCUCUUCUCAUUUGAUCUCCACCAUUAAAACACCCCUUCAUCUCUAUAAAAUCCAUACAUACACAAACUCAUUUGUCUCUUAUCUUCUUAGAAGAAAAAAAAACUCUCUUGUAGCUUCUUGAAACCAUCAUCAUGAAAAGCCUUUCUUUCUUCUUCACCAUCCUCCUCUCUCUCUCUGCCUUCUUCACAAUCUCCGACGCACGCAAGUUUAGUGUUGGAGGCAGCGGCGCGUGGGUUACAAACCCACCUGAAAACUACGAAUCUUGGUCAGGCAAAAACCGUUUCCUUGUUCACGACACUCUCUAUUUUAGCUACGCUAAGGGAGCUGACUCAGUGCUAGAGGUGAACAAGGCUGAUUACGACGGAUGUAACACAAAGAACCCGAUCAAGAGAGUGGACGAUGGAGACUCUGAGAUCUCGCUUGAUCGUUAUGGUCCCUUUUACUUCAUCAGUGGCAAUGAAGACAACUGUAAGAAGGGACAAAAGCUUGCUGUCGUUGUCAUAUCUCCUAGGACUCCAUCUACGGCUCAGCCUCCUCACGCUGCCGCACCGGGAAGUUCACCUCCGGGAUCUACUACUCCCCCUGGAGGAGCUCACUCGCCUAAAUCUUCCUCCCCUGUUUCCCCGACGACUUCUCCUCCUGGAUCAAUGGCACCUAAAUCAGGUUCCCCUGUUUCUCCGACGACUUCACCGCCUGCACCACCUAAAUCCUCUUCCCCUGUUUCCCCAUCCUCUGCUCCGAUGACUUCACCGCCAGCACCAAUGGCACCUAAAUCUUCUUCCACUGUUCCUCCGUCUUCUGCCCCGAUGACUUCACCACCGGCACCAAUGGCACCUAAAUCUUCUACCACUGUUCCUCCGUCUUCUGCUCCGAUGACUUCACCGCCGGGACCAAUGGCACCAGAAGCUUCAUCCCCUGUUUCAAACUCACCCGCCGUUUCUCCAUCUUUGGCUCCGGGAGACUCUACUUCUCUUUCGCCGUCAGGUUCGGCGAUGGGUCCGUCGGGAGAUGGUUCGGCGAUGGGUCCCUCGGGAGAGGGUCCGUCGGCAUCCGGUGAUAUCAGUACGCCGGCGGGAGCUCCAGGAGGACCAGGACAGAAAAAAUCGUCGGCGAAUGGUAUGGCCGUUAUGUCGAUUACUACUACAGUUUUAAGUUUGGUUUUAACCAUCUUUAUAAUUAUGUCAGCUUAAGAACAUACUUGGGGAGACUUGUUUUAUGUCGGAUUCGAUUAUUUGUUCUUGUUUCAUUUUUAGUUUCUACUUUGUUUUUUUUGCUUCUCCCUGUGUGAUUCCGUAUUAUUGAGUAUAGUUGGAUACUUGGAUUGUUGUUUAGUUAUUAAUAAUAAUAGACACUGCGUUCUAAAACACU